UACCCCUGAACGUGACUGUAGCACAUUUUUUUAAUGGACUUGGUGUGUGAGACCAACCGUAGGCUAUUAACCAUUGAAUUCCUUGCACUCACGUGAAGGUGUGUCAUUGGCAAGUAGGGAUGGUUAAAUGGGUACAGAUUGCGUCGCUUAUUGCGUUGUUUCCAUAACAAGUUGUCAUGGAGGUUAGGGAGGGAUGUUUACAUUACUUUUUAAUGUAAUUUCACGUGUGAAAUAAUUAUUUUUUGAACUUAAUACAAGAAGAUUUCUGAGUUAUAAUGAGUGAAACAGACGAGCAAGGAAAGGAUUUGUACAGUCACCACGGUGUGCUCGUGAAAACUAAUCAUCCAAACAGGGAAGAAGACUCGCAGUGUUCCGGCACCCUCAGCAUCGUUGAUUAUAGCUUUGGUAAAUGCAUAGAAUGGAAGCCGACCGACGAUUCAGUGGAUUCAGAAAUGAACGACCAGGAGUGGGCGAUGGUGAAUACGCAUGGACGGAGAGUUCGGACACUGAGUGAGUGUCAAAGCCGCCCACGGCCGAUUCGUAUCGAGAUGUCGGAUCUGAAGAGUUUCCGGGUGACGAGGAACAGCCAGCAGAUUUCGCUGAUGCAGCGAGACGGGACCACUCACAGCUCUUUUUUCUUCCAACAUGCAAAUGCAGAUUCAUUUGUGGGAGCUCUGAAGGCAAAUGUCAAGAUUGCCAAGUCGAAGAAAGAUAAGCAUCUCUAUAUAGUCCUAGACCAGCCAGAAUCUCGCGUGCUGGAUCGAUCGUUUGCUGAGCUCGAUCUGUUCACGGAAAACACCUCGGAUGUGGUCUGGAAGUUUGUUCGUAACCUCCACCACCGCCCGUACGAAACAACCCUGGAAGCUUUCUCCAAACUCACAGACAUUUGGUUGUACAAGCAGCCGGAGCAGCGCCUCAUGGAGCGGGAGGUGGCGGAGCUGCUGAACCGCAGCCUCACCCUGGACGAGACGGAGGCCAGCGUCGCCGGGGAGGACUACGCGGUCAUCAGGAUCCGCGGGGGCCCCGCGCUGCCCCCGCGGCCCCCUUGCCCCCGCGGUCCCCCGCUGUCCGUGGACCAGUGGGCGCGGUGCCUGGACGAGGAAGGCCGCGUGCCGGACCCCGACCGCGUCAAGGACAUCAUCUUCCGCGGGGGGGUGAGCGCCAGCCUGAGGUACGAGGUGUGGAAGUUCCUGCUGGGCUACUUCCCGUGGGGCUCCACGCACGCCGAGCGUCAGCAGCUGCGCAAGAGGAGGGUCGAGGAGUACUUCCAGAUGAAGCUGCAGUGGCGCAGCAUGACGCCCGCCCAGGAGCAGCGCUUCUCCGACUACCGCGAGAGGAAGAGUCUCAUCGAAAAGGACGUCUACAGGACGGACCGCACCAUCCCGUUCUUCGCUGGCGACAACAACCCUAACCUGCAGCUGUUGUCGGACAUUCUGAUGACGUAUGUCAUGUACAACUUCGAUCUCGGCUACGUGCAGGGCAUGAGUGACCUUCUUUCUCCCAUACUGUGCCUCAUGACGAAUGAAGUGGACGCGUUCUGGUGUUUCGUUGGCUUCAUGGACAAAGUGAGCAGCAACUUUGAGCUGGACCAGGCGGGCAUCAAGCUGCAGCUGACGCAGCUGUUCGGGCUGCUGGGGGCCGCCGAGCCGGAGCUGGCUGCCUACCUGGAGCAGCACGAGUCGGGCAACAUGUUCUUCUGCUUCCGCUGGCUGCUCGUGCUCUUCAAGCGGGAGUUCUCGCACCAGGACAUCAUGAGGCUGUGGGAGGUUCUAUGGACUGACUUACCUUGCCAAAAUUUUCACCUACUCAUCUGCGUAGCGAUCCUGGACACAGAGAAGAACAUACUAAUGGAAAACGGCUACGGUUUCACGGAAAUACUGAAGCACAUCAACGACCUGUCGCUGCACAUAGACCUGGACAGCUCGCUGAGCAAGGCGGAGGGGAUGUACCGCCAGCUGACGGCCGCCGCGAAGCUGCCCGACCCAGUGAGGCGGAUCGUCGGCCUGGAGCCGCUGGGAGAGCCCUCGCCCGAGCCGGAGGCGGCAGCCAAUGGCGUGGACGGGAACCACUCCUGCCCGGCGGCCGCCGUCUCCGCGGCGACCGACCCCGAGGACGCAGCCUUCGAGCGGUCGCUCAGCUUCAACUACCUGUAGGGCACGCGGAGGCGUUCCUUCCCGGCUCGCCCGGCCAAGUGCGGGCAAGUGCCUUCGGUUUGCAGGUGUUCACUGCGUUGUAGAACUGUUACAGUUGUUUUAAUCAUUUGUUAUGAUCUGUUUAUUUAUCAUUUGGGUUAUUUCUUGUAACUUUUUAUUUUAUUUUAUUUUUUUACAAAGUAAUGAAAAAAAUUAAUCAUUUUAUGCUGCAAACUGAAUUGGUGAAGGACCGAGUGUAACUCGCAAGUCCUGUGGUAGACGUAGGAAUUGAUUUUAAAAAAGGGGACUUGUUAUUUUGGAUGGGGUUUUGUGAGAGGUACGUAAACUUAUGAAUACUAAAUGAUUAAAAGUGUUUUCAGAUAAUAAAAUUGUUGGGGAUGAGUGUGUGUUGUACCAAAAGUAGUUUGUUUUUGAUACGCUAGUGAGGAACAAAGGUAGAAAAUGAAGGGUUGUACCUAUUUGCAGUCAAUUGGUUAAAUAUUGGAUACAAGUACGUAGUAGAAAAUAUUUUAUAUGUAUUUAGUAGGUUUUUCCUAACAGUGCAUUUUCAAUUUUUGAUUUUCCUUGCACAGUUAGCACCCAAAAACACAAUUUAAUUACAUGCAGAGCUCAAAAAUGGCAAUACAUUUUAGGGUUUGCCCUUGUUUUUAUGCACUUUGUACAAACCAAACAUUUAUACAACCUUAAGUCUUAGGCCGGUAUUCCAAGACACAAAAAUAAGGGUUUAGGUGUCUAAUAUGCUACACUCGUACAUUAACCAUAUUCCUAGUGCACGAAAGGACACGGCCAGUCCCUUAUUUUUAGGGAACGGAUUUUGGUGUCCUUACUGUUGCUAAUCUGAUGCCCAAAUUCCACGCAUGCGCACAGCUAGCUCACUAUUUUGUUGAUUUUGUCCAGAUGGCAAACCUGCAUAUGGCGCCAUUAACUUUGAUGAUCACUUUUGUGAUCAUCAAGAGGAUGUACCAAGCGUGUUGGUGUUUCAAAUGAACUUUACGGUAGCGAAACUAUUCUGGAAUACAUUUUGUAAACUUAAGUGGUCAUAAUGAGAAAUAAUCGCAACUCAAAAAGUACUUCAGAAAUUCAGAAAGGCAGUUCUAUUUUUGUGUGGUGAUGCUGCUAUCCCUGGUAUUUUUGAAGUAACAAUUGUAUCAAUGGUUGAAAAAUGUGUUCGCUAGAAUGCGUUUAAACCAGUUUCUAGCCUUGUACAGGGUAACUUUUAUUAAAACAGUUUUCUUCUUAACUGGAUACUGUUUGGGCGCAUUAGGUUAUGUCUGCGGGUUAGGUUUACGGUUGUAUCCCAACAAGGCAGUGCUACUUUACUGGAACGUCUUGGAAUACUGUCCUCAAAGAUGAAAGCUUCUAACUGUGUAGGUGUUAUACUGUUAUAUUAAUUAUGUAUAUUUCUUGUAAAUUCAAUUUAUAAUCAAGUUUUGAAGGUGGUAGAUAUGUUUGUAAAUACAUGUUGUACAGCACAUCUUGCUAGGAAGAUAAUGGAAAACUUAAAAUGAAUACAGAUAGGACAGCAAAUUCCCAGACACAAAAAAACUUGAAACCAAAAAAAGUUGUUUGUUCAAAUGGCACAGAUUGCAAUAUGGCAUGUAGAGCAGUGUGCAUCAGUUACAUGUGUUAGCUGUAGGCCUGUGCGAAUUUCAGUUUUUUAGUUCAACUCGAAUAUGGAAACAAUUAUCAAAUAAUUUGCAAAUAAUAUCAAAUUCAAAUAGUAAAGUAAGAAUUUUAUAAUCUCACAAAAAAAAUUUUUUUUCAUGUCAUGUAACAACUCCUGGAAAAUUAGACCCAUAAUACUAAAGUGAAAUGUUGGUUAAUUCAAGUCAGCUACAAUAAUUAUGUGGAAAAGUUUGUUAAAAUAUUUAAAUUAUGAAAUAAUUAUUUUUUUAAUAAUGCAGCUAACCUAAUUUAAUGUAACCAACCAACCAGCCUUUCAUUUCAGUUCUUAUUCGCCUUAUUUUCCACAACAUUUUCCAGAAAAUUUUUGUGAACCUCAAAAUACCAUUAAAUCCAUUGCAAUUUAUUUUAUAAAAAAAAUUAAUCUUUUUUUAAUAUACUGUAUUCCCAAAUUGAUUGAGCUCACAUUUAUAUAUUUUAACCCUAUUUAUUUGAAAGUUUUCGUUGUUAAUGGCAGCCAAGUAAAUUGUUUUUGAGUUCAGCAAUAUUAUAAACAAUUUUUGCAAAUUUCAUCUGAAAUCAUAAACCAUUAUUAACAUUUUUAUUAUAUUUUUGAGUCGCAAUGUCUGUUUCGUCAUAGAUGUGUACAGCAAGUAAGCUGUAUCAAAUGGUGUUAAAUCACUUGUGACUGUCUAUUUAACACUGUUGAAACUAUGACGAUUACUGCUUUUAAUGACCAUCUCAUUGGUGUGUCAGAGUUUUGUGGUGUUGUAAUUUGUUUAUUUUAUUUCCACUUCUGGUGUGUGUGCUGAAAAUACAAAUAAUAUUUUGUUUCAAAGUUUGAAAUGUCAAACAUGCCGUGUUUUGAAUUGUUUACACAAUUUUUUCCAUUACUGUUUAGCGAGACAGUCAUGAAAAAAAAAAACUUACAAUAAGUUCUUGUUGCAUGUUUAAAAUGUCACUUAUUUUUCAUGUUUUUAAUUAUGAAGUCACAUUAAACAUCAAAACGAAAGGGUAUUUAUGUAGCUCAAAUGACAAUCUCAGCAGUGAAUGUUGAUACAUAACAAACUCACGAGGUAUGCUAUGGUAAAUAUUCGUUAUGUUGAAGUGUUAGAAUUCGAGGUUGGAUCAAAUACAAAUUGUUUUUUAUUUGUAUUCAAAAAUUUGCACAGGCCUAGUUAGCUGAGUUCAGCAAGCUAUAAAGUUCAAUAUGCUAUUAUUUUGCCUCUGAAGUUACAUUUAUUUCCCAAUUAAUAUUUUCUUCUGUAUUUAGAAUUUGCUACAUUCUUAGACACAUAUAUUGUAACUUUUAAAACUCUGAAAGUGGGAUACAUAUUAUAAACAAUGGCAUCUUUCGCUGAAUUUAUUUUAUAUUAAGAUGAACUAGUUUGAAUUUUGUAUACAAUUUGAAAAUGGGACAUGGUUUUACAAUAUUGAUGAUUUUAUACAUUUAUAAAUUUUCAGGCAAAUUCAUCAUAUUUAGCAAUAAUAUAAAUAGCACAAUAAUAUUUAAAAUUUUGCAUGAGAAAUGGGUGCUAGUUAACCAUCACAUUCAUAAAAAAUAUCACAGGCACACUACUGUAUAAAAAGCAGUAAACAAAUCAAAGAACCUCCUCAAUUCUUAAAAAGUUUUAGCAGCCAAGUAAAUGUGAGGUUGAGUAAAACUUGUGGGGAAAAAAAAGUUGUGACGUUAGUAAACUCCCUAUACACAUAUAAUACCAUUCACAUUACUAAUAAAUAUUACUUAAAUGAAGUGCAUCUUACAUGUAUUUGUGGGUAAAAACUGUUCUUUAUGGGAAACUAGAGAUCAGAAGAGGGAUGUGUCUUGGAAUCAGUGGUGUCUUAGACUAAAGUAAAUACAGUAUAUAUGCAACAGUAGAGUAGAUAAGGAAACCUAAAACUGUGUGCAUGUAAAAUCUGUAGAAAACAUUAAAAGGAUUCGUAAAUGAUGUGCCAGAUUCAGAAUAGUGAUUUUGUUAUAGUAGGUAUACAAUCUACAUAAUUGGGAGUAUUGUGCUAGGAAAAAUUUUUUAAAUCACAAUAUUUUUAUUGUGCUUGGACAUAAAUUUUUAUUAUAACUACAUCUGCCUUUCGAUGUAAUUCUUUUUUUUUUUUUUUUUUUCGGUUUGUAGUGUUUUGAAGUAACGACUGAAAUUAACUAGCCCGAUACUGUCGUAACCUGAUGUAGUGCGGUUGGAAAUUUGAAAGUUAACUUCUUUUUUGACAAUAUUUUUUACCAUUUCUUUUUUUGCUACAGCAGAGAGUGACUUGUAGUUGCUUAUUACAGCUUGGUGGUCUACUUUAAUGUAAGAUAAGUUCCAUGUAAAUAUUUGGCCCUUAAGUUACACAGGGUGGCCAUUCUCUUAGCAAAACCAAAUUCCAGGUUUUAUCCAGGAUUUUUGAAGUGUUUCUAAGAAAUUUAAUGAAAUGUUACUACAUUAAUAAAAAUAUAGGUAACCAUGUUGGUUACGUCAAAACGAAUAAAAUUGACCAUUUAAUAUUACGUACCAGCUAUUUAAUAUUAUAUCAAAUUAAAAGUAUUCCUGUACAACUUCAUUAAUUCUGAUAUGAAAGUGUUUUCCUUGAACAUAAUGUAUGUUCUUUAAACUAUGAAAGUAGCAUUCAACAGCAAAAUUUUAUGAAACAUUGGAAUAAAUAAUACAGCAAACCAUAAAGGGACAACUAAAAUUACAUCAGCUGCCAGGAAUAUAAACAGUACACACAUGACAGUAAUAACAGUUAACUAAAAUAUUUUAUAUCAUCGCCAUUGUUUUUGUUAGUUGAUUGCUAUAAAGCAAGUUCCUAGAUUGAAAUUCUUCAUAGAGAACCUUUCAAUCAUAGUAAUCUGCACAUCAUAUAUAAUUUUUUUUUUAAAGAUACCUCCUUGCCCUUUUUUUUUUUAACUAUCAUAAAAUCACGUAAUAAAGGUUAUUUUCUUAGGGUCGCUCUUGAAAAAAUGAUUUAGUAAGAAACUUGAGGGAAAACAGAAUUAUGACACCAUCCACUAGUCUAGUUUCUUCCACGUUUAACAUAAUUUUUUGGUUUUAUUCUGCAAUAGAGCCUCCAAUCUUUAACAAGACAAAUCAAGAUAUUAGUUUCCAAUGGUCAUGGCUUCUGUUUGUUGUUACCAUCGGUGAAAAUCUUCAGAUGUAAAAGUAAAAAUGAAAAAAAAAAAUUAUUAGAGAAGACAGAAAAUAAAUUGAGCAGCGACUUCCUCCCCAUGCAAACCAAAGUGUUAUCUUACGAGAUGUCACAUUGCUCACAUCCGCUGCGGAGGAUCGCCUGUAAACAGCACACAUGGGUAUAAGUGGUGGCAUGGAAAUUUCACGAAUCAUGAUACAACACCAAAAUUAACAAUUAGUGACAAAACAGCAAAAUAAUUCAAGCGAAAUAAAAUUGAAAUUCAACUGUAAAGCAAGUGUUAAUCUUUGAAUGUGCAGUUAAUAAAAUGUAAUAAAAAAAGUUUUAAACAAGAUUAUUAUGGAGUAAAGUAAAACUAUAACCACAACAUUAAGCUAUGUGUGCACUUAAGAAUUUCAGUUGUUAUUUGUUUAAAUGAUAGGUUUUUUUUUUACUUAUUAUGUUUCACCAUGUACUGGAAGUUUUUAUACUGUAUUUUAUUUUCAGAACUGGAAACCGCACAAAAUUAUAUAUUUGCGAAAUAAAACCGAAUCGCCCAACCUUAAGAACGAAAUGUGAUAAAAAAUAGCACCAUUUUUUUUUGUACCUUGUACUGAUGGCUGUCAAAAGUUCAUGUUUUUCUCAUGGAUUUCCCUGCAACAAAAAAAUUCACAGUUAAUUCAAGGUUUCCCUAUUUUCCCUGUCAGAUGGCCACCCUGUUACAGUUGGGCACUCAUUCACUAUUGUAACACAUAAUUGCUCCUCGCAUUGUUUUUAGCUAUAAAUUAAGAAUUGUCAAUAAGUAUUAAUAUAGAGAGCCAAGAACAAUAUUUAAUAUAUUGUAAAAUGUUCUGUAAUGUUCUAAAAUGGAUAAUAGUUAAUAGCAUUUAACUAAAUGUGCUUGGAAGUGCCAAAAUUAGUCUGAUAUAAUCUUGUUUGAAAAUUAGGAUUUUGGAUAUUCAUUCUCAUAUAUAAAUGUUGGACUCUUAUAUUAAAUUGUGAAGACUGGUCAACCUCAAAAUGAUUACUAGUGAAUAUUUAUGGAUGAAUAUGGCAGUUAACUGAGGUUAUUUGAGUGAAACGUUCAAUAAGGACGGUUCUAUGUUUUGAGGAAAUAGAACGAAAUGGAUCCCAAAACUGAAAUACAAUUUUAUAUGUAAUAGUUAAUAGUGUUGGAUCGGUUUUGAAAAUGUGCCUGUUCUGAUUCUCAUACUUAUUUGAAAUUCAAUUACAAAUUCAGAUUUCCCUGUAUUUUCUAAACCAUAAUACCAGUAAAAAUAGUCAUAAUAGAAUCAAUAACCGGAAUGAUAAACUGUCAAAUGGUAGUUGUAAGUGUUGUAAAACACGUAAAAUAUUACCUUAUAAAAAAGUGCAACAUUUGGACGCUGACGCUCGAGUUCUCGCUCAGCUGCCAACUUGAUGUCCACUGGCCAGGACGAUGGUUGGCAGAAAGAUGCAGAUAAUCUGAACACUUUUAAAUUCUUGCUAACUUUCUUAUUUUAAUCAGCAAGGGAUUAAAAUUUAAAACUGCUUGUCCUAAUGUGCUGGCAGAUGACUCAUGUGAGACCGGCGGUGUUUACGUUGAGUUUUUUUUUUUUACCCAGGAAUGACUGCCAAAAGCCAAUACCAUAAUGUUAGAAUUGACUAGAAUGCACUAUACUUCAUGUUGGAUCAAAACUAGUGAGACUUGCAAUCAAACUGAUUUGGCAGCACCCGUUUUGUUAAACCAACUCGUUUGAGAGGCCAAAAGUUUUGGCAGUUGUAAUUGAUUGCAACAAAAAUAAAAUUUUACGGAGGCAAGUAAGACGUGGUGUCAAGCUUGCAAUUUGGGGAGAGAGGGGGGGGGGAUUUUGUUUAAGUUUACGAACUGUGACUCAACUAAACAUUUAAGACUUUCAAAGGACCAUUCAACAUUCAAGGGUUGAAAAGCAAUUUCAAGAAUCAAACUGAUAAUAUAAAUUAAGUUGCAAAAUACAUGGGUCAAUAUAAUGUCAACAGAAAAAUACAGAGCAAGUAAAGAGUUAGACUGUGCCUGUGUAAAUUGUCUUUUGCGAACGAGCAAGGUAAUAGACAGCUACCGUGUAAAGUUUCACAUGUAAAAGUCUGUAUUUCUCAAUUAUCCGUUUCAUCCCAUUGUCCAGACAGAUAGACAUUUUAUUGUACUGCCAACAUCUACAUAUUAAACAUAUGUAGUAUAUUCAAACAUACAGAGUAAAAUCCCUGAUUCCAUUCCUAGGGGGUUGGGGGAAUGCUCUACAAUAUCUACUGGGCACUCACAGAAUUGAGUGUUAUUUAGGCCUAUUAUUUUUACAAAAAUAAUAUCGAGGACUUACCGGGACUGUCUAAACCUUGUGAAUAACCUUUCAUAAAUGGUAAGGAAGCAAUCUGAUUCAAGUUCAAGACAAAUUAAAUUUAAUAACGUGAUCACAAUUGAGUCAUUAACUUCUCAUUUAAUGUUUGAUUACAAAUGAUCAUGUACAAUAACAUUAUGUUGACUCCCAAACAGAUGUGUCAUUGGCCGCAUGCAAGACAGACUCAGCAGGUGCUUGCUUCACGCUCUACAAAUCCUCAAGAUCCAUUGAAUGUUAAUUGUGUUCUGCUUAUAUUACUGUACCAUUAUUGUAUUUUGAACUAGAGUAUUUUGGAGCCAUGUAAUGCCAAGAUACUAUUUGUGUGGGGUUUUUGUUGAAUAAUUUGUUGCAUUAUGCUGGAUUUUAAAUAAUUAUUUUUUUCAAUAAAUAUCUUAACACAAUAUCAGUGUUCACAACAAA